AUCCCCGUCUCCUCCGUGGUCUCGGGCGGCGCUGUUGAUGAACCCCCGCCAUGUCCUCGAGCUCCUGCACCAGUGCCGCUCCAUCCGACACCUCGACCAGCUACAGGCCCACCUCCUCGCCCACGGCCCAUCCGCCGUGGCCUCCCUCGCCUCCCAGCUCGUCGCCUCCUACUGCGCGCUCUCCGGUGCCGCCGGACACGCGGGACUCUGCCACGCCCGCCGCGUGUUCGACACAAUUGCCGACCCGUACAGGUUCGCGUACAACAGUCUUAUCAGGGCGUACUCCAACAGCUGUUGCCCCCAGGAGGCGCUGUGCCUGCACCGCGACGUCCUCCGGCGCGGCAUCCUGCCGAACGAGUUCACACUGCCCUUCGUGCUCAAGGCGUGCGCCAGGGCGCGGGCCACAGAGCACGCGCUAGCCACCCAUGGAGUGGCUGUCAAGCUGGGGUAUGUGCGGCAGGUGUUCGUGGGCAACGCGCUCCUGCACUCAUAUGCGUCGACUGGGUUGCUGCGGGACUCUCAGCGGUUCUUUGCCGAGAUGGCGCCGGGCAGGAAUGUUGUGUCGUGGAACACGAUGAUUGGUGGAUAUGCACAGGCUGGGGAGACCAGCAAGGCGUGCGCCUUGUUUGGAGAGAUGAGGCGCCAAGGAGUGUUGGCUGAUGUGUUCACAUUUGUCAGCCUGCUUCUCGUUUGCUCAACUGAGGGAAAUCUUGAGGUUGGUCGGCUGGUGCAUUGUCAUAUGUUGGCAAGUGGAUCCCGGGUUGAUCUGAUUCUCGGUAACGCACUUGUGGACAUGUAUGGUAAGUGCGGGGAUCUGUGGAUGGCUCGUAGAUGCUUUGACAUGAUGCCCACGAAAAAUGUUGUUUCAUGGACUUCCAUGCUUUGUGCCCUGGCAAAACAUGGCUCGGUGGAUGCUGCAAGAGAUUGGUUUGAGCAGAUGCCGGAGAGGAACAUAGUCUCCUGGAAUGCCAUGAUCUCUUGCUAUGUUCAGGGUGGCCGAUUCCGUGAAACUUUGGGUCUUUAUAACCGUAUGAAAUCUCUAGAUCUCACUCCAGAUGAGGUUACCUUGGCUGGUGUCCUCUCUGCCCAUGGACAAAAUGGCGAUUUGGCCUCUGGAAGGAUGAUACAUUGUUAUAUUAAAGACAAUUUUAGUGAUCCUGGUGUCACUCUACUUAAUUCACUUCUUGAUAUGUAUGCAAGAUGUGGUCAGGUAGACACAUCCAUAAGCUUGUUCACUGAGAUGCCCAAUAAAAACACUAUCUCUUGGAAUGUGAUUAUUGGAGCGCUAGCCAUGCAUGGGCGUGCACAAGAGGCAGUCAUGUUCUUCAGAGCUAUGGUAUCUGAUGCCUUCUCCCCUGAUGAGAUCACAUUUGUCGGUCUUCUUUCUGCAUGCAGUCAUGGUGGUCUACUAGAAGAUGGACAGUAUUACUUCAAAGCCAUGAGACAUGUUUACAAUGUUAAGCCUGAAGUUGAGCACUAUGCUUGCAUGGUUGAUCUGCUUGGUCGGCGUGGCCAUCUUGCACAAGCUGUUGAUCUAAUAAAAGAUAUGCCAAUGAAGCCUGACGUUGUGGUUUGGGGUGCAUUACUUGGAGCCUGCAGGAUCCAUGGUAAUGUAGAGAUCGGCAAGCUAGUGAUCAAACAACUGCUUGAGCUGGAGGGAAUUAAUGGAGGCUUGUUUGUCCUAUUUUCUAAUUUGCUGUAUGAAACUCACCAGUGGGAGGACAUGAAAAGGCUCAGGAAGCUAAUGAGAGAGCGGGGAACAAAAAAGGAUAUGGGUGUUAGUUCAAUUGAAGUAAACAACAGCAUACAUGAAUUUGGAGUGGAAGACAUCAGACAUGAAACCUCAAGUGAGAUAUAUGCGGCAGUUGAUCAGUUGGCAUAUCAUUUAGUCUCUUUGCAUGUCCUGGCUGUGCAGCCAGUAGAACUCAUCAUGGAAGAGUGAAAUAAGCUAUUUAGGAGUGCUCCCAUAGCCAAUCUGAACCUGAUGCGGAGCAUGGGCUGCAAAGGGAUAUAUUCAUAUCAAGUAGCCUGUCUGAUGAAACCUGAAGGCUUUCUGCAGAUACGACGGUUCACUGGGGCAACCAACUCAACCAACUGUAUAGACAGUUAGGUCAGUGGCACUACACCGACAACACUCAGGAUUCUCUGCCUUGGCUGUGAUGUCUCACCAAUAUCUGGAGAAACUAAAGCUCAGAAACAGUAAGUUCAUCAGACCGGCAGGACCACCUGAGAGCAUCCUGACUGCUAAUCACCUGUAAGGAACCAAGUUGUUCUUAGCUUUACUGGGGAUUGAACUGUAUACAUACAACAGUUUUCUUGUACUUUUACCUGGCCAGCAGUUUGACUGUGCCAUGAUCAUGACAGAAAGUUAACCGUCACAUAUGAACUCACCAAAGAAAGAGGUAUUUGUAUUUUUGGCAGAAAAUAAAUGUUCGAUUGAUCA